GGGCUGCCAAGAUGCUGCUGGACUCGGAGCAGCAUCCAGGCCAGCUCAAAGACAACGUCUGCUCCCCCGGGGGGGCCACCAUCCACGCCCUGCACUUCCUAGAGAGUGGAGGCUUCCGCUCCCUGCUCAUCAACGCGGUGGAGGCCUCCUGCGUCCGCACACGAGAGCUGCAGUCCAUGGCUGACCAGGAAAAGAUCUCCCCAGCCGCCCUCAAGAAGACCCUCCUGGACAGAGUGAAGCUGGAGUCCCCCACAGUGUCCACGCUGACCCCCUCCGGCUCAGGGACGCUCCUCACAAGAAACCCGGCCCCGGGAGGCAAGAAGGACUAAGGCAGCCUCUGCCCUCGUCUGUGACCAGAGCCCUUGACUGAGGAACCGUGCAGGGAGAGGGCAGGCUCUGAUUUUCAGUUUUCAGAUCCUUGUUGUAAAAUCUCCUUAAAUCUGUUCAGACCAGGCAGCACUAGAGUCCUUCCUGUCCCGUGCUGGAAGACGCUCUGAAGGGGUGGUCGAUGCUGGAAGCCAGGUGCAGCCUGUACGCCUCCCACUGUUGCAGGAGAGAGAG